AUGGGAGAGUACUCCGAUGAUGAUCUCGACGACCUGCCCGAGAGCGUCUUCCAGGAAUUGGAGAACAAUGCCAUCGCAUUGACCCAGAGGCAGCAGCAAGACCAACAACAGCAGCAGUGGCAGCAACAGGGGCGACAUGUACCUGUCAAACAGCCCCCCCGCCAGCCAGCCCUACCCCACGCGGGCCGGACUUUGGAUGGUCACGCCCUCGGCGACGAUGUCUUCGAGCUUGAUGAUGUCGAAAUUCUGAACGGUUCUGCCGCUGCGAACAUGCCUCGACCACCCAUCGUUCGACCAGCAGCUCCACCCCAAGUCCGACGAACAAACACCUAUGCUUCUAGACCUAGCUCCCAGCACAGCCAACAACAAUGGAACCGAGAUCCGGGCCAAGAUACACUCCAAGGCAACAUGACAAGACCCGGCCUGGCCCCCGUCAUGGCCUCGCAGCGAUUCCAACCGCCGGUCAUGGCUCCGAACCGAGCCCCGCCGAGCCAGUUCCCUCGAGGCUUCGCUCCACCUCCCCCGCGAUACGCGCCCUCUCAGUCCCAAGCCGGCGCCCUCCACCCGAAUGCCAUAUCGGCUCUCGAACUACGAGUCCGCACCCUCGAAAGAGAACUGAAUGUAGCGAAGGGCGAAGCGGCAAUCUUGCGCUCCAACUCCACCAAGGCUCAGCAAGCCCACGAUGCCGAAAUCGCGAGACUCAAAAAGCAGACGGCCGAGAAGAUGGCCUCGCAGGAAAGGGCCGUGCAGCAAGCGCUCGAGGCGAAGCGGCAGGCGGCCACGGAGCUGCAGUUUCUCCAGCGAGAUAUGCAAGAAGUCACGAACCGGGCCAGGCGAAAGGAGCCGGGUGUUGCCACGACCCCGAAGAAGUCCACUAGGAACUGGGGCGUAGCGGACGGGUUUGAUGGUAUGGAUUUGGUUCCGAGCCCGAGCAAGUCGAAGUCGGCGGUGGCCAUGGCUGCGCUGUCGGAACGGACUCCGACUAAGGGGAAGAGGAAACGUCCGGCGGCGGACAGCCCUGUGCCGCCACUCGAUACGCAUACCACCGAUGAUAUUGUUAUGCUUGACGAUGGCGUCGAAGUGGGCUCUGUUCCCGCGUCAUCUGCUAGGCCUGUGCUGGUGACUUCGAUACCCUCUUCGUCUACUGCUUCCAUCAACGCUCUUCCUUUUGAUUUUCUUCCCCUUAUCCUGGACCAUGCAUCGGCCCACGAUCAGCCCCCAACUUUUGAUAGCCUGUCUAAAUAUUUCUUCCCCUCCGAUCCCAACACCUCCUUCCUGUCCAUCAUCUUCCAAUCACUACCUACGAAAUCUGAUCCUAGCGAUCCUAUGAAGUUCCCCACCGACUUUUCGUCUCUCAUCAUCGAUCUAUGGGUGCGUUGUGUAGAGGAAGGCUUUGUCGCACCGAUCGGAGAGCUCGUUUCGCUACUCUCGUUCAUCCUUCAAUUACAUUCCGUCUCCCUCGUCCCCAGGCUUCUCGACAAACUUCUCUCCAUUGCGCAGGCGACUCUUUUCGUCCUUGGAGACCUACGCACGCAAACCUCCGACGCGACUCCCGAGGUUGAACUCGCAGAGUCGAGUGCUGAUUCUACGUUUACAGCCACCAUUUCAUUACUUAGUCUAUCCGCUCUCAUUAGUGCGACAAGCAUCGAUGGAAUCGACGACGAUUCGAACCUACGAAUUACUUUCUGGAAAGGCAUCGCCUUGGACACCGUUACUCACAUCCUUAACCCCAAGCAACCCCUCUACGACAUCGUCGGCAUGCUGGAUAUGCUCAGCACAUCCGUUCUCCCGAGCAGCGUCGGCCCCAUCGCGGUGGAUAAGGAACCGCCUGCGGUAGCCGCCGCUAUCCUCGACAAGCUCUCAAAGCUGCUCGUGCAUCCUCCCCUACACGCUAAAUCUCCCGCGCAGCGACAUGCCAUUACGCAACUGAUUCUUCGGACGCUUCUUUCCUUUACAGCUUCGGACUUUGGUCUGCAGCAAUUGGCGGUUCACGACAAUGUUGUUCUGAGGCUCGUGGCGGCGCUUUCAAAGUCUGUCGAUGAGCUAUAUGAUCAGGACCUUUCGCAGGAUGUCCUGUCGCUGUCGAAGCUCCGCAUCCGCGAUGCUACCGACAAGGCACCCACGGUUGAUGAUGCCCUUGCUGCGUCUGACAUGGACACCAACGUCUCUGGUCUUUGUAAAGUGAUAUCGCUAGGAAUCAUGCUCCUUCACAUUCUUGUCACGGAUCCCAGAACUGCGGAAAUUAUCGGGCUCGAAGACAAGUUUGAGCUGUGGCGCGCGGGUAGGCAUAAAUAUCUUAUUAUGCUCUGCCGGCUGAAUUUCGCGGAAGAUGACCUGGUGCUCGAGGCGGGCGUCGAUACUGAGACGGCGGAGAGGGCGCACGAGUUGCUUGAGGCGCUUGUGACGCCGGAUAAGGGGAAGGAUAUCGGGGAGGCAUUUGGGAGUCCGGAAGAGUAA